AGAGGCUUCACCAAAUCACAAACCUAGGGUUUUCAUUUCUCUUGGUCUCCUCCCUAGAAUCCUGGCAACAGAUGUGCGUAAUUUCUCUUCUAGGAAACCUUGCCUGGGGUUGCUAUGGAGAUAGGACGCUGCAACUUGCGGAGCCGCUAGUGCCCAGAAAUCUCUUAGCCGACCUCAGCAAAGCGGCUACCCUGCCUUUCUAUAUCUGCAUUCCCCUUUCAUCCAGAACUUCGUUUUUCUUGACUCCUUCCAUGGAAGAUUUGACAUCCCCGAAGCAAGACAAAGAAAAUCAGGAACUGGGGGAAGCAAGGCGGCCAUGGGAAGAAAUAGCAGCUUCUUCCCAAGAUCCCGAGUCUGGGUUAUCUGAGCCCCUGGAACCGGAGCAGUGGCUGGAAACUGGACCCCGACCGAGAAGCGGCCCUCCGCAGAGCCCGCAGUCUAGAGCCAGCCCUCCUCUGGAUGACGUCACGCGACCAGGUGCACCAUCUCCACCUUCCCCUGCCCCGGAGUCUUCUUUCAUUCCUUCUACGCUGGCUCUGGCCCGACAGCAGCUUGAGGCCCCGUGGCAGUCAGACAGAACUACUGAUGUGAAUCCCAAAGCUGAGACACCUCACUCCCACCGUUUGGAACAAUCAUCUGAUCAAGGAAAAUCGACUGCUCCUCAAACAUGCCAAUUAGAGGGAGACAUCUUUCAACAGUCUCAGCAAACCGAACGUCACCUGUAUGGACCAGAAGAUGUGAGCAAUAACAACUCUAAACAAAAAGAGCUGAGAUUUAACAUCUUUCAGGAGGAGGACUCAAACAGUAACUAUGAACUGGAUCACACUGAAUCUGGGGUCUCUGAAGGGGCCCCCAGCCCGCUUGAGAUUGCCAUCCAGAGUGCUAAGGCCUACUUGCUGAAGACCAGCAGCAAGUCUGGCUUAAAUCUAUAUGAUCAUCUUUCUGAUAUGCUAACUAAGGUCUUAGAUGAGCGUCCUGAAAAUGCUGUGGACAUCAUUGAAAGUAUCAGCCAAGAUGUGAAGAUGGCACAUUUUAGGAAAAAAUUAGAUACACUCCAAAAUGAGAAUGAGAUGCUUCCAAUAUAUGAAACAGCAGAGAAGCAAAAGGCUCUUUUUCUCCAGGGAAAUUUGGAAGGAGUCGACCAAGAACUGGAAGAUGAAAUAGCAGAAAACUCUCUCCCAAAUGUAAUGGAGUCAGCUUUUUAUUUCGAACAAGCUGGAGUUGGUUUGGGCACAGAUGAGACUUAUCGCAUAUUUCUUGCCCUCAAGCAGCUUACGGACACCCAUCCAAUCCAAAGAUGCCGCUUCUGGGGCAAGAUCUUGGGUCUAGAAAUGAAUUAUAUUGUAGCUGAAGUAGAAUUCCGUGAGGGAGAAGAUGAAGAAGACGUAGAAGACGAAGAUGUAACUGAAGAGAGGGAUGAUGGAGAUAGCGACGCUGAGGAAAAUGAUGAAGAUGAAUUACCAAGGACAUUUUACAAGACCCCACAGGUUAUACCAAAAGAGGAAAAUAGAACGGGGGCCAACAAAUACGUGUAUUUUGUGUGCAAUGAACCAGGAGGACCAUGGGUGAAGUUACCACCAGUUACACCUGCACAAAUUGUUACUGCAAGAAAGAUCAAGAAAUUUUUCACUGGGCGUUUAGAGACUCCCAUUGUAAGCUACCCACCUUUCCCAGGAAAUGAGAGCAAUUACUUACGAGCACAAAUUGCCAGAAUUUCAGCAGGGACCCACGUCAGCCCUCUGGGAUUCUAUCAGUUUGGUGAAGAGGAAGGAGAGGAGGAGGAGGAGGUAGAAGGCCGGCGAGAUAGCUUUGAAGAAAACCCAGAUUUUGAAGGCAUCCAAGUGAUCGAUCUCGUGGAAUCCCUUUCCAAUUGGGUUCAUCAUGUGCAACACAUUCUCCCUCAGGGUCGCUGUAAUUGGUUCAAUCCCAUUCAAAAAAGUGAGGAGGAGGAGGAAGAGGAAGAUGAAGAAAAAGAAGAAGAAAAAGGAGAAGAGCCUGAGUAUAUGGAACAGGAAGUGGGGCCUCCUCUUUUGACACCAAUCUCUGAAGAUUUAGAAAUCCAGAAUAUACCACCUUGGACAACACGGCUGUCCUCAACUCUCAUUCCUCAAUAUGCUAUUGCCAUCCUUAGAUCCAACCUUUGGCCUGGAGCAUAUGCCUUUUCCAAUGGCAAAAAGUUUGAAAAUUUCUACAUAGGCUGGGGUCAUAAAUAUAGUCCAGACAACUACACGCCCCCAGCUCUACCACCAGUUUACCAAGAAUACCCCAGCGGGGCCGAAAUUACAGAAAUGGAUGAUCCUAGCAUGGAAGAAGAGCAGGCUUUCCGAGCCGCGAGGGAAGCAGCUGCUCUUCCUGUUGAAGAAAUGGGAGAAACUGAAGAAGAUGAAGAUGAGGACGAUGAUUCUGACCAAGAAUAGUAUCAGCCCAGCCUUGUGUGAGACUGGUACACAUAUACUGUGUGUGGACCCUUGAUUUUACAUAUAUAGUAUAUAGUACAGAAUUACAUAAAAUUGGCAACUAUUCAUGUACAAAAUGUUAUUCCUUGAAAAUAUCCAGUUUGGAAUUUCAUAUGUUCAACUACUAAUAUGUACCUCUAGAAAGAUGUUCAAUGGAAUUUUCAGAGGCUAAAUAACACGUUCCUGUUCUUUGGCUACAGCUAAUAGAAUAAUGUGCAUUCUUAAAUUAAAAAAAAAGGUCUUAGGUUUAAUUUCUUAAUAUGGCAAACAUGGAAAGAUGUAAUCCACAGGGACUUGAAUAUUUGUCAGCAGGUACUGGGACAAAAAUUAUUGAUAGUCCCUCAAUCAGAGCAUGUAUUUUUAACCAGUCUGGGAAGCUGUACACAAAUACUGUGUAUGUAUGUGUGUGGGAGGGCUUGUUUUUUGUUUUUGCUGGGGAGAGGAUUAUAAUUCUAUCACCUGCUCAGAGACUACGAGCACUCAAAAUUUUGACACUUUCGUCAUUUUUUUUUUUAAAGAUUUUAUUUAUUUGACAGAGAGAAUGAGUACAACUAGGGGGAGAAGGCAGAGGGAGGGAAGCAGGCUUGCCGCCAAGUGGGGAGCUGGACACUGGAUGCGGGCCACGAUCCCAGGACCCUGGGAUCAUGACCUGAGCCGAAGGCAGAUGUUUAACAACUGAGCCACCCAGUGUCCCUCCU